GCUGCCGGGGUCCGAGGGGAUGCGAGCUGCGGGCCGGCCCCGCCGCGGCGUGGCGCGGGGGAGGUCGGGCCGGGCCCUGCGGCGCUGAGGAGCUGGAGCCCCGUCCCGUCCCGUCCCGUCCCGUCCCGUCCCGCCGGCCCGGAGCCUUCCGGGAUGGAUCAUUUCUGUCAGCAGGUGCAGCAGAAGGACGUGGGCCGCAGGCUGCAGGUCGGGCAGGAGCUGCUCGAGUACCUGCGCGACCCCGCGGCGUCCCCGGACGUGGAGCAGGACCCGCAGCGGCUCGACAAAGUGAUCGACGAGCUGGCGGCGUGGGUCAACUCCAGCAACUUCAAGGUGUCGUUACUGGGAUUAGAUGUUUUAGGUGCCUUUGUCAACAGACUAUCAGGACGUUUUAAAUCCUAUAUAGGAACCGUGCUCCUGCCUUUGAUAGAUCGCUUGGGAGAUGCCAAAGACCAAGUUCGAGAGCAAGCACAGAAUCUCAUAUUGAAAUUGAUGGAUGAGGCAGCUACACCCAUGUACAUUUGGGAACGCCUUGCUGUUGGUUUUAAACACAAGAAUUACCGAUCCCGAGAAGGAGUGUGUUUGUGUCUUAUUGCAACCUUAAACAUUUAUGGGGCACAAUCAUUAAGCCUCAGCAAGUUAGUACCACAUCUGUGUGCAGCGUUUGGUGACUUGAAUAGCCAGGUGAGAGAUGCUGCCAUACUAGCCAUUGUAGAGAUUUACAGACAUGUGGGAGAGAAAGUACGAAUAGAUCUUACAAAGAGAGGAAUUCCUCCUGGAAGGUUGCAAACAAUCUUUACAAAAUUUGAUGAAAUAAGAAACUCUGGAACUAUGAUUUUAAGUAGCAUCAGUGACAAAAGCUUUGAUGAUGACGAGUCGGUGGAUGGAAAUAGGCCAUCAUCAGCUGCUUCAGCCUUUAAGGUUCCUGCACCUAAAAAGCCAGGAAAUCCUUCCAACAGUACAAGAAAGCCGGGUUCGGCUGGUGGGCCUAAGGUUGGAGGUUCCUCUAAAGAAGGAGGAGCUGGAGCUGUUGAUGAAGAUGAUUUUAUUAAGGCAUUUACAGAUGUUCCUACUGUACAGAUCUAUUCUAGUCGAGAACUUGAAGAAACGUUGAACAAAAUCAGGGAAAUCCUCUCAGAUGACAAGCAUGAUUGGGAUCAACGAACUAAUGCGCUGAAGAAAGUUCGGUCAUUGCUUGUUGCUGGAGCUGCACAGUAUGAUGGAUUUUUCCAGCACUUACGGUUGUUGGAUGGUGCGUUCAAGCUGUCAGCCAAGGAUCUUAGAUCCCAGGUGGUUAGAGAAGCAUGCAUUACUGUAGCCCAUCUUUCAACUGUUUUGGGAAACAAGUUCGAUCAUGGCGCUGAAGCUAUUGUGCCUACUCUUUUUAAUCUGGUUCCCAACAGUGCCAAAGUGAUGGCAACAUCAGGGUGUGCAGCCAUUAGGUUCAUUAUUCGGCAUACCCAUGUGCCCCGACUCAUACCUUUAAUAACAAGCAACUGUACCUCAAAAUCAGUUGCAGUUAGAAGGCGUUCCUUUGAAUUCUUAGACCUGUUGUUACAAGAGUGGCAAACACAUUCAUUGGAAAGGCAUGCUGCAGUCUUAGUUGAAACGAUCAAGAAGGGCAUUCACGAUGCUGAUGCAGAAGCAAGAGUGGAGGCAAGAAAGGCUUACCUGGGUCUUAGAAAUCACUUUCCUAGUGAAGCAGAAACUCUAUACAACUCUCUUGAACCACCUUAUCAAAGAAGCCUCCAGACCUACUUGAAGAACUCUGGCAGUAUAGCAUCUCUUCCUCAGUCAGACAGGUCAUCCUCCAGCUCUCAGGAGAGCCUCAAUCGUCCUCUAUCUUCUAAAUGGUCUGCAGCCAGCCCAGCAAGCCUUGCAGGCAGAGUUUCAGGCAGCAACAAGAAUGUUCCAAGCCCAGGAACCCUGCAGAGGUCUCGCAGUGACAUUGAUGUUAAUGCUGCUGCAGGUGCAAAGGCUCGCCAUGCUGCUGGACAGACAGCUGGAGCUGGGCGCUUGUCAGCAGCUGGUCUACCUCCAGGAUCUUACGCUUCACUAGAGGAUACUUCUGACAAGAUGGAUGGAACAGCUUCUGAAGAUGGUCGUGUACGAACAAAGCUUUCAACACCGUCUGUUGGUAUUGGAAACUCUAAAACAGAUUCCAGAGGACGGAGUAGAACCAAAGUGGUCUCUCAGUCUCAGCGUUCUUCAUCGCCAGAGAAAAAUGAAGGAUCACAGUCUGCUAACCCCAUUGGUGCUGGCAGUAGAUCUGGAUCUCCUGGAAGAGUUUUGACAACAACCACACUUUCUACUAUGAACACAGGGGUUCAGAGAGUGUUAGUGAAUCCUGCAACCGCACAAAAACGAAGCAAAAUCCCACGAAGUCAGGGAUGCAGUAGAGAAGCUAGUCCUUCUCGAUUGUCAGUAGCACGAGGCAGCCGCAUUCCUCGGCCUAGUGUGAGUCAGGGGUGCAGUCGGGAGGCCAGCCGUGAAAGUAGCAGGGACACAAGUCCUGUCCGCUCUUUUCCACCCCUUGCUUCCAGACAUCACUCCAGAUCCACUGGUGCCCUCUACACUCCUGAUGUUUAUGGGGCUACAGGUACCAGCUUUGGAAUUAGUCAGUCGAGUAGAUUGUCAUCAUCAGUUAGUGCUAUGCGAGUUCUGAACACAGGUUCUGAUGUGGAAGAGGCAGUAGCAGAUGCCUUGCUCUUAGGAGACAUGCGGACUAAGAAGAAGCCUGUGCGAAGAAGAUAUGAGUCUUACGGGAUGUACUCAGAUGAUGAUGCCAACAGUGAUGCAUCAAGUGCCUGUUCAGAAAGGUCCUACAGCUCUAGGAAUGGAAGCAUACCAACAUAUAUGAGACAGACAGAAGAUGUGGCUGAAGUUCUAAAUCGCUGUGCUAGCUCCAACUGGUCAGAGAGGAAAGAAGGCCUUCUAGGCCUGCAAAAUUUAUUAAAGAACCAGAGAACUUUAAGCCGUGUUGAAUUGAAAAGGCUGUGUGAAAUCUUCACAAGAAUGUUUGCUGAUCCUCACAGUAAGGUGUUCAGUAUGUUUUUGGAGACACUGGUGGACUUCAUCCAGGUCCAUAAAGAAGAUCUGCAGGACUGGCUAUUUGUACUGCUUACACAGCUAUUGAAGAAAAUGGGUGCUGAUUUGCUUGGGUCUGUACAAGCAAAAGUUCAGAAGGCACUUGAUGUCACAAGGGAAUCUUUUCCAAAUGAUCUUCAGUUCAGUAUUUUAAUGAGAUUUACUGUUGACCAGACCCAAACGCCUAGUUUGAAGACAGUCAAGCCAGCACUACAGGACCAGCUUCGCUCUUUUUGGAGCUCAAAGGUCAAAGUUGCAAUCCUUAAGUAUAUAGAGACUCUUGCACAACAGAUGGAUCCAGGAGACUUUGUAAAUUCAAGUGAAACUAGGUUAGCAGUGUCCCGAAUCAUCACCUGGACCACAGAACCUAAAAGUUCAGAUGUUAGGAAGGCUGCACAGGCAGUGCUAAUUUCCCUUUUUGAACUCAAUACUCCAGAGUUUACAAUGCUGUUGGGUGCUUUACCAAAAACAUUUCAGGAUGGAGCCACAAAGCUUCUCCAUAAUCAUCUCCGGAAUACAGGCAACAGUGGUCAGGGAUCAAUGGGAAGUCCUUUAACAAGACCUACUCCACGCUCCCCAGCAUGCUGGUCAAGUCCUCUCACUUCCCCAACCAAUACAUCGCAGAACACUUUGUCACCAAGUGCUUUCGACUAUGAUACGGAAAAUAUGAAUUCUGAAGAUAUUUACAGCUCUCUUCGUGGAGUCACUGAAGCCAUUCAGAAUUUCAGUUUCCGUAGUCAAGAAGAUAUGAAUGAGCCUGUAAAACGAGAUUCAAAAAAAGAGGAAGUUGAUUCAAUCUGUAGUGCUUCUGGAAUAGUAGACCUACGAGCAGGAAGUGGUGUGAGUGAUACAGCCCGAACAGCUCUCGAUAACAAAACAUCAUUACUCAACACAAUGCCUCCUCAUUCUUCACCACGUUCAAGAGAUUAUAACCCAUAUAAUUAUUCUGAUAGUAUCAGUUCAUUCAAUAAAUCUGCUUUGAAGGAAGCCAUGUUUGAUGAUGAUGCAGAGCAAUUUCCUGAUGAGCCUCCCAUGGAUCAUUCUGAUCUGGUCGCAGAGUUACUAAAAGAGUUAUCAAACCAUAAUGAGAGAGUUGAGGAAAGAAAGACUGCCCUCUAUGAGCUCAUGAAAUUAACUCAAGAAGAGUCUUUUGGUGUUUGGGAUGAGCACUUCAAAACAAUACUGCUUUUGCUGCUUGAAACACUUGGAGACAAAGAGUAUGCGAUUAGAGCUUUGGCAUUGAAAGUUCUAAGAGAAAUUCUCAGAAACCAGCCAGCAAGGUUUAAGAACUAUGCAGAGCUCACAAUAAUGAAGACAUUAGAAGCUCAUAAGGACCCCCAUAAGGAGGUGGUGAGAUCUGCUGAAGAAGCUGCUUCCAUGCUGGCUACUUCCAUUAGCCCAGAUCAGUGCAUCAAAGUUCUUUGUCCAAUUAUUCAAACUGCAGAUUACCCCAUUAAUCUGGCUGCAAUCAAAAUGCAGACGAAAGUCAUUGAGAGAGUAUCUAAAGAAACUCUUACUCAGCUUUUACCAGAGAUUGUGCCAGGUCUAAUACAGGGCUAUGAUAAUUCAGAGAGUAGUGUUCGUAAGGCAUGUGUUUUCUGCCUUGUUGCCAUUCAUGCAGUAAUUGGUGAUGAACUAAAACCACAUCUCAGUCAACUCACUGGCAGUAAAAUGAAAUUACUGAACCUUUACAUCAAGCGUGCACAAACAGGCUCUGGACCAGGGGAUGCAACAGCAGAUAUGUCUGGACAAAGCUAAUGAAGCUGACAGGAGUUAACCGGGUCUCUUAAAGCAAGGGCCAGGCCCUCUUCAAGUGCAAGGAAAAAUCUUACGACAUUUGGAACCAUUUUUUUUUCUCAUUUUCCUCCCUUUUUUUUCUUUAACCAUUGGCUGUCUUCAGCCUGCAUGUGACUGUUGCAAUAGAAUGAUUCCAAAUCCAAGGAAAAAACAGUAUUAACAUCGUUGAUCAAAGCAAAAUAAAAUUUAUAAAUAAUCUAAUAACAUCAUUUAUCCUGUUCACAAUCCUCUGUGUCUUCCCGUUAACUUUUGCCAGUGUUACUGUAUUAAAAACAUUUUUUACCCUAAUUAAACAGGUAUGCUUUAAGCUUCAGAAGUUAAAAUAUAAGUUCCACUGCUUUUACUCAGCUGCAGAUAACAUUGUUUUUAUUGCUGUUUUGUUUGAGUAUCAUGUCCUUCACUAGAAACAAGAAGUGAUGUGAAACAAGGCAGAACUAGUCUGAACUGCAGUGAGACUCGGUCACUGUUGGUGGUUCAUCAUCUUAUUUACGGCUUGUUCAGGAUAUUCUGGAGAUUGAGAAAUAUGCCUAUAAAAAAGCUGGCUUGAUCCAGUUCUGUAAAAGUGAUGUUGUUCAUUGGUUGUAUGUUUGUUGCAUAAAUAAGAAUUUAGUGUGCGCAGCAGAGGGCUGGUACAACCAGUACCUCUUAGUGUGGAAGACAGCCCUUUCAGGGUAGCACUGCCAACCCAGUGAUAGUGUGGCAGUCCGCUUUUUAGCAGCGGAGUUAAUGGUCACUUGAUGGACGUGAACCAUCCUUGUCACCUUUCGUUCUUCAAGCAGGAUGCUUCAGAAUGGAGUGCUCUGCCCAAGCAUGCUCAGUAUGUAUUUAUCUAUCACUAGAAUGUUUCCUUUCAACCUAAUUGCUGGAACCAGUAGUCGUGUAUUGUAACUCACAUGGGAUUUUAUGACAAUAGUGCAGAAGACUAUUUAUUUGUUACCUUCCUAAAAGCACCAAGAUUUUCUGCAUUGAAUUUAAAUAGGGGGGAAUUUAAAAAGAGGGGAGGGGGAAUAGUCAUAAAUGCUAUGGAUCUUGCCACCUUUUAAUUUUAAAAAUUAUAUAUUUUGGAUGAGGUGGGAAAGCUGCACCAGACUAUUUGCAUGGUUUUCUUGAAUAGCAUCCUCAAGACCCAUCUGGAUUAAGGUGUGGAAAUAUUUCCAGGGUUUGUUUUUCCAUUUUUGAAAAAGAGUUAGUUUAUUGUGAAUAAUGGUUCUUUGUAUUUAUGAACUUAAUAAUGGAAAGAGAGCAAGGAUCGAGUAAAUGUGUCCCUCAAUGUUGUCUUUUUUCUUUUCUUUUUUUUUUUUUUUAUUGUCUUGGAUAUAAGCAACAAGUUAAUUAACUGAGAACUGGGAUGAAGUAGAACCCUUCCCAGAAAUGGUGGUAAUUUUUUUCCCUAGCUUCUUUUCCCUUUGACUGUUGUGUUAUCUAGUUGUAGGAAGUGUAUCAUGAUAAGAGAGAAAAUAGUAGUGCCAAGGAUGAUGAUCUAUACUAGGCUAAAAUUCUCUCUACCUCUUCAGUGAGCUGCUGCUUAUAGCACCCAGUAGAAGAACUAUCUACAAGAUUUUUUUUUUCCCCAAAUUAUGACUUAAUGCAUAUUCAAAACUCUAUUCUUCAACAUGAAGCCAAAUAUUAUAAGAAACUAAUUAUAAGCUUUAUUUGCUAGGUAUCCUGAAAAACAAAACUGAAUAAAAAUUGUCAGAUGCUUGUAGUUACACAAAAGAUUGUUUUCACUUAAGAUUGAAGUGAAUCUGAUAGAAAAAGCUGAGAUGUUGUUAAAGAAGCAGUGCCAUUGCAGAGAUUUAUUUGGAGGAAAAGUUAUAGAAAUAUAUGGGAAGAGCAGGAAAAAAAAAGAGACUGUCGUAAGUCAUCACUAGCCCUUUUUAACACCUACACCAGGAAGAUAGCAUCUCCUCUUUCUUUCCUCUGUUAUGUGUAACAUUUCUUGUUGUUUUCUACUGUUUAAUUGCAUUGUGUAUUUAUAGUUCUAUGCUUACCAUUGUGCAUAUACUGGCAAUAAAAUGUACAUAACAUUACUUUAAAAAAAAAAAAUAAUGUAUACAUUCUGGUUUUCUGUUUCAUUUGAUCACACGCUACAAGAAAGAUUAUAAAGGUGACAGAAACAAGAUUGGUUUUAAAACAAUAAUCUUCAUGUUUUGUGUGUCCAAAUGAUGUUCCUUUAGAUACUCUGUUAGUAAAUUGACUUAGCAUUUGAGAAUAUGGUGUGAAUAUAGGUAUGCUAGACAAAAAUGGUUUUUGGAAGUUGCAUAUUAUCUUUAAUGGACACCACGUUUCCUUCAUUUCAGCAGGCUUCUUGUUUACUAUUUCAUUUAUUUGUACACUAUUGCAUUGCUUGCAUUUUAUUUUUUUUAAUAUGUCACAUAUUUUUAGUUAAAGAUCUUGUAGUUUACAUUUUGAUUACACAUCAGAACAUUUAAAAAAAAGCACACACUUUCUAAGUUUAGUAGUUCCAUAUAUUAUUCCUGCUUUUUCUAUAGGUAAUAUUUAUUUCAAAUGAUCAUUUCACAAUGACUUUGCUCUGUCAUCUUUUUGAAGAUGUUAUUUCAUACUGAAAAAUAAGUUUAUUGAAACAUACCAUAUAUAUUCUGGAUGAACAUAACUUUUUAUCUGUAAAAAAAAAAAUGUUGGUAAGAAAAAAAUGUUUUUUUCCCCUAUGACUGAAAAAUUUUGUUCCAGGGGGAGGAGAGGAGAUAUUUUCACAAAGUUUGUCCCUCAGUUAUGCUUCUAAGACAUCUUUAAACGUUCUAAGUGUGAUAUCCCAUGUACUGAAAAUCUAAAUGCAAUAUAUUUAAAUGAAUAUUUUAGUUACAAUACAACUAGUUCUGUUUCCAACAAAGAUGGGACCACUGUAUGUGGAUAGAACGUGUUUGUAUUACAUGAAGCCAGAAGAAUUUGCAACAAAAUGUUCUCCACUGCGGCCAGUUACCAGAUUCACCGCAUUGUUUUUUGCCUUCAUUUCCUAUACCCCAAAUAGACAAUAGCUCAAUUAAAAUUGAGCUAUGAUUAGUCAUGCCUUAUGUUUGUACUGGAGGUGGUUUAUCUUAAAAAAAAAAAAAAAAAAAAAAAAAAAAAAAAAGGCAUAAAGACCUGUGAAAAAAUUAGGACAAUUAGUAUUGUUCUUUUUCAAAAAGGCUGUCUUAAUAUUCUGUAAUGAUAGAUCAUUGCAAUGGUUUGUGUACUGAAAUGUGAUUCUUAAAGGCUGGUUUCAGGCUUUAAAAAAAAAAGGAAAGAAAACUAUAUGCAGAAUCAGAAUAGGAAAUGCACAUCUUGAAUGUCUUGGACUUGGAUGUCAUUUGCUUUAGAUAAUUUUGGGUAACAUCUGUUCAGCUGAAAUUGGGAUAGUAAAUGUAAAUUGGAAGAGAAUUGAUCAUGUAAAUUUUCCUGAGUUUGGUUGCUUGUUUGUUUUUAAAGAUAAAGACUGGAACAGA